CAAGAAAAACAGCAAUAUGGUCGACCAGGCAGUUCUGGAUAAGCUCGAGGCUAGCUUCACUAAGGUGUCCGGAUCUGACAGCAAAUCAUUGCUGAAGAAGUAUCUGACGAAGGAAGUGUUCGAUCAGCUGAAGACGAAAAAAACUUCUUUUGGCUCCAGCCUUCUCGAUGUGAUUCAGUCUGGUGUCGAGAACCCUGACUCCGGCGUCGGUAUAUAUGCUCCUGAUGCCGAGUCCUACACGGUCUUCGCUGACCUCUUCGACCCCAUUAUCGAAGACUACCAUGGUGGCUUCAAGAAGACUGACAAGCACCCACCUAAAGAUUUCGGCGACGUCGACACCCUUGGAAACCUUGACCCCACUGGUGAAUACAUCGUUUCCACUCGUGUGAGAUGCGGACGUUCCAUGGAAGGUUACCCGUUCAACCCCUGCUUGACCGAAGCUCAGUACAAGGAGAUGGAAGAGAAAGUCUCCAACACUCUAUCCGAGCUGAUCGACGACCAUUUCCUCUUCAAGGAAGGCGAUCGGUUCUUGCAGGCCGCAAACGCUUGCCGAUUCUGGCCCACAGGCCGUGGUAUUUUCCAUAACGAUGCCAAGACAUUCUUGGUCUGGUGCAAUGAGGAAGAUCACUUACGUAUCAUCUCCAUGCAGAUGGGUGGUGAUCUUGGACAGGUCUACCGACGUCUUGUGACCGCCGUGAACGAGAUCGAGAAGCGGAUACCGUUCUCCCACAACGAUCGUCUUGGUUUCCUGACGUUCUGCCCAACGAAUUUGGGCACCACGGUGCGCGCCUCCGUGCACAUCAAGGUGCCCAAGCUGGCCGCGAACAAGGAGAAGCUCGAGGAGGUUGCCUCCAAGUUCAAUCUUCAAGUCCGCGGAACACGCGGAGAGCACACCGAAGCCGAGGGUGGAAUCUACGACAUUUCCAACAAACGACGCCUCGGCCUGACCGAGUACCAGGCUGUGAAGGAGAUGCACGACGGUAUCGCAGAGCUGAUCAAGAUCGAGAAGGAACUUUAAAUUGCGCGCGCAAUUAAUCCGGCAUCCGCAACCACUUUCCCUUCCUCUCUUCUCCCUUUUAGGCGUUCUUGUCGCAUCGAGGAUCUCCCUUCGAACGGGUAACAAAAAAAAAAAAAAGAACAGAAACAAAGAACUUCGAUAUGACCUCACUUGAAUUGCAGAACUUGGAUGGAAGGAAAGAUUACCGAAGAAUCCUUCGACUUUACAAAUUUCAAAUGAAUACGCAAAAGUAUAUUGUGUUUGACUGGAAGAAUAAAAAGGAUUACGAUUUUUAAAAUCGAACGGGGUAUUUUUAAUCCGCAUAUUUAAUGUCUAACGACGAGAGAUCAGGGCGGUUGUGUUUACCUCUAUAAUUUUAGACGCGUCUGUUUGUGGUCCUCGAUGUACUAAGACCUAACCCAGCUACAAGUGGUUCCUUAGGGUUCCAGAGAAACGCGCGGAAGUUCCGUACAUGUCGGAAAGAAUUUAAAAAAUGCUCGAAUCAGUCGUUUGUAGAGUUCGAGCUUAUUUUGAGUUUCGGAAUUCUUGUCAUGGACGUACGCUUCCUCGUAUAUCUCCUCGAUCUUUUACGCUAUACACGCGUUAUGAUUAUUAUUACUAUUAUUAUUAUUAUAUAAUGACUAAUUAUUAUUAUUAUUGUCUCUUAUGUUGACUCAAGUUCCUUUUUAUCGAUAAAAAAGAAAGCAGCCACUGUGAAAGAAAAACACGAGCUGCUUGUAUUAUACGUUAAUACAACGUGCAUUCUAUGUUCAACAGUAUUUUGAUUUCGUUUCACCCCGUUUCUUUUUUCUAAGGACAUGUAAGCCAGCAUGUAGAAAAAUACACGCAGUAUUCUUUCAUUUCUCUA